UGCGAACACACACAGGCACACAAUUGCCCAUACACAAGCACAAACAGAUGAAAAUCUGGAAAUUGUAAUUUUUUGUUGUUUUCUUUUACUAAAACUCAGCACUUUAGUGAUUUGUUGUCAGAUUGGAAAAGAAAAAGCACACAAGAAACGCUCGAUUACACCGCACCAUUUUCUCUAUCCGGAAGAAGCGAAACUCCAGUUUUCCAGUGGGUGAAAGGAACCACUGGGUCGCAUUUUCUGCGACGACAUCUCGGACAAAGAACACAUAGUUCAUUGGAGUUCUGUGGAACGGAAAUUAUAAUCAAAAGGCGUUGUUUCGCCACAAGAAAGUGUUGUGAAUCCACCAAUAACUAGCAACAGCGGAGCGGGGACAGUAGCGGCGCACCACCAUGACAAUUAAGCCAGUGAGUGCACCACCGAGUGCGAAACGCGUGACUGGCAAUGUGGAUGCCGACAACAAGGAGGCUCAGGUUGUGGUGGUGGAGCAGUCGGUGGUCAGCCAGACCCACACCCACACCCACAACCAUCGCAACGUAGUCAUCGAUGGACAUGGCCAGAGUCCCCAGAGGCGUGGCGAGGUCUACGACGAACUGGCACGCACCCAUCGCUGCAGCCCCCACAAGAGCAGUGCCCGUUCGAAGCGACGUGACCACCACGACACACAUGCCCAUCACUACAAACGCGAUCGUCUGGAGCGUGAGAAACUAAACCAUCCGGCGGCAGUGUCGGGCAGCGGAGCACCCGGUGUAUCUGGCAGCAAGUGUAAUAGUCCGCCGUUGGCCUCCACAUCGGGCGGCAGCAGUCCGUCGGCGGUGGGCCGGAAUUCACCCGAACAUUUGGGACUGGGCUGCGCCACAGUGCCCAAAGCCCAGGUGCAGAUGUCGCCGGCCACGGCGGCUGCCAAUCUGCUGAAAACAGUGGAGGAGACCUUUUCCGGCUACAACAGCGGCGAUGAGCAUCUGCAGCCCAAGGAGCGCUUAAUUCCGGUGGAGGAGUGGCAGCGACGCGACAUGGAGUUCGCCAAGUGCAUGGAACAACGCGGCUACGAAUUGAAGCCUGUCGAGGAGGACGGCGCCUGCCUCUUUCGAUCUAUAUCGCUGCAGAUCUACGGCGACGAGGAGAUGCACGACGUCAUCCGCCAACACACGAUGGAUUACAUUAACGGCAAUCGCGAGUACUUCGGUCAGUUUGUCACCGAGGACAUCAACAGCUACAUACAGCGCAAACGAGCUCGUGAUGCCCAUGGCAACCACAUCGAGAUCCAGGCCAUAUCCGAGAUCUACAGCCGAACCGUCGAAGUAUACUGCUACCAGUCAAAUCCUAUCAAUAUAUUCAAUUCGGAACAAUCGCAGGCAGGCUAUCCACCACUGCGCCUAUCCUAUCAGCGCGGCUCACACUAUAAUGCUAUCUUAGAUCCCUACAACGCCACGGUGGGCGUGGGCCUGGGCUUGGCUGGUUACAAGCCCGAGAUCCAAACCAAAGAGGCAGCGCGUCUCAGCGAGCAGUUGGAGAUCGAACAGACCAUGUUCGAGGAUAAACUAAAGACAACAGACUGGGAGGCCACCAACGAAGCCAUCGAGGAGCAGAUUGCCCGCGAGUCCUACCUGCAGUGGUGCCGCGAGAAUAUGCAACGCUCUCGCAGCAGUAAUACGGCCGCAGGAUCGGCCACUUCCUCAACGGUUACCUCGGCGGAGGCGCUUACCGAUUCGGAUGCCUCGCCCUCAAAGUACUCCAUGUGUGGCGGCAGCACCACCGGCAGCGGCAGCGGUAAUCCGGCCGUGACUUUGACCAGCGCCAGUGGUGCUGAUGCCGCAGCCCCAGCGUUUUCAUUGUCACCGAAGACACUCAGUCAGUUUGGCCACAAGCUGCCGCCGGAGGUCAGCGAGCUGGCUGGCUACGAUAGCGAUGCCACAGACAUGAGUAGCACCAGUUCGGUGGGUCAUUGCGGUGGCAAUUCAUCGCCCAGCACUGGUUCUCCGGGCCAGCGUUCCGGCAAGGCAUCGAAGUCACACCGCCGCACCACUGCUUUAAGGAAGAAGCGUCGCCACGAGACUCGCGAAGCGCCACUUGCUGGCAAGAGCGCUGAGGCAUCGGAAGCUCCGCUGAGAAAGAGUCCUAAGCGCGAUGCUGUGCCGUCUGUGGCUCGCGCUGACACGCCGGAGGCUGAGCAGCGUCCGUGCACCUCGAAGCAGUCGUCGCACUCGCCACAGAAGAGCGGAGACACCAAGUCGCCCAGGGAUGAGAGCUACUCCAGCUUCUACCAGGAGUUGCUCGAGGCAUCCUACGCCAAUGAGGGAGUAAACGAGAGCGAGAUGCUGCAGCAGGCCAUCCAGAUGUCCACAAGGGACUACAUGGAGGACCAAAAGCGCAAGUUUCUCUGCGGACCGUAGGCGGUGGCCAAUAGACACGCCUCGUCCUUUGUACAGUGAUUUAGCAGUUCUUUUCGCAACGAAAACGAAACACAAAACUUACCAAAAAAAAAAAAAAAAAAAAGAGAAGAAAAACAAUACGCAGAAAUUAUAAACGAUCUUAAAUGUUGAUAAGUGGGCGUGCAACGAACUUUGCACUUUUUGCAAUGAGUAAUCGGUGCACUCCGCUUCUACACAUUUACACUCUCACAUAACACUAUCCUUAUAAAUAUUAUAACACACAUAUUUUUUUAAUAGGGCCUCGUUGUAUAAUCAUUAGAAUCCAAAUUAUGAAUCCACGAAUUUGCUAAUUUGAAUGUGUAAAAAGCACAAAUUUUGAUAAGCUGUCAACUCCAUCCUGUCCGCUUUUCUACCAUGAAUAAAUACACACCCUUAUGUCACGUUCCUUUUCCCAUAAAAUUAAUGCCUAUUUUGUAAAACAUCAUAACGUUAAGCUUAGUAAUGUACGCACGCAAUGGACGGUAAAUCAAACCAUUUUCGUACAUGAAUAAACGAUAUAAAACUAACACAGACAUAUACAGAAUACAGAUAAUAAUACGGAUAAUGCUAAUGAUUAAUUAUUUAAUUGACUACAAUAAAUGGUGCAUAAUAAUCGUAAUUUAUGAGUACUCUAAAUAAAGCAAAUUAAUAACCCCAAAAA